AUGUACGGUAAAAAAGCCAGUGAGUUAGUGAAAGAAUUUGUGAGCUGCGAACCUGGGCAGCUUACCACUUUCAAUAAUGACCUAUUUGCUCAAGUGAUUGAAGAGUGUAAUGGUCAUCUCCUUCACCUUCAGCCCUUAAUGAGGAAAAUACAAGAGCGUGAAAAUAAGUUGAAAGAUAAUAUGAUAUCAGAAGAUGAAAUGGCAAUAUCAGAAGACGAGAAGAGAAAAUCAGAAGCUGAAAAGAUAGUAAUCCAGACAGCUAUGAAAUCAGACCAGUUUGGUGCACUGAUCCAUCACCUCUCAUUGGUCCGCAAUAAGCGCUGUCUCAUGGCUUAUGUGUAUAAUCGAGCAGAAGUUAUCAGAAGUUUGGGAUGGGUGGUUGACUGUGUUCUUCCUGAAGAAAUUGAAGAGAGACUCAGUAGCUCAGAGAAAGAAUAUUUCAAGAAUCAUGCUGCAACUCUACAAACAUAUAUGUCAGAACUUGAUCUUGAUUUGACUGUGGAUAUGGUUCCUCCCAAAGAUCCAUACAUCAAGGUGAGGGUUCUCGAUGAUAUUGGUGAGGUUGUGCUUAGUGAUCAGGUAGCCAACCUAGCUCGUCAUGCAAUGUUGUUCCUGCGGAGAACUGAUGCCGAGCAGUACAUCUCUCAGGGCUUAAUGGAAGAACUCACUGGUUGA